AUGAGAACUAUAUCCUCUCCAGACGGUUUCGGUUGUCGUUUCAGAGUAACAUUUCCUCGUAAUAUUACAAAACUAGAACUGUCUACAUGUGAAAUAAAUUCAGAAGCGUGGGGGACUUUGUGUGCACUACAUAAGCUGGAAGUGCUCACGAUAAAAAACUGCAGUUUUAAAAGCAAUGAGGAGACAUGUGAUGAAGAGUGGGAGUUAGCAAAUGGAGAUGUGUUCUGUUCACUGCAGUUUCUAUAUCUUGAAAGUUUGAAUCUUGUGAAUUGGAGAGCCGAUGAGACCAAUUUCUCUAGACUCUGCCACCUCUGUUUACAUGAGUGCAAGCUUCUAGAGGAAAUCCCAAGCGGCAUUGGAGAAAUCCCAACACUCCAAUUAAUUGAGGUAGAACAUUGCAGCGAAUCUGCAGUUAACUCAGCAGAAAGGAUAAAGGAGGAGCAAUCUGAAAAUGGAAAUGACGAUCUCAAACUUCGCAUCGUAAAAUCACGGAGCCGUAAUCACACUUCCAAAAGGCACCAAAGAAGAGGGCCAGGACUUAUGAUGAAGAAUCAGAUUGCCUCAUGGUCCCAUCGAUCAAUGAGCUAAGGAGCAAACAUUUCCAUGACAAACAUACAACUACAUGACGAAGAUGAGCUUGACUGGACCC